UGACGCACCACGCUCCUCCAUAGUAAAGUGACCUCAGCGAAGUCCGCUAUAACAGAACCGCCGCCGCACCUACAGCAGAUUACAGCCGCCUGGGCACAGCGACCACAAGAACCAACUCGAUCAAAGCUAACUAUGGGAGACAUUGCAAAGGGAAAGAAGGCCUUCGUCCAGAAGUGUGCCCAGUGCCACACUGUUGAGGAGGGGGGCAAGCACAAAGUGGGCCCCAACCUCUGGGGUCUGUUCGGGCGGAAGACAGGCCAGGGAGAGGGCUACUCGUACACGGACGCCAACAAGAGCAAAGGUAUUACAUGGGGGGAUGACACUCUGAUGGAGUACUUGGAAAACCCCAAGAAGUACAUUCCCGGAACCAAGAUGAUCUUCGCUGGCAUCAAGAAGAAGGGAGAACGCACAGACCUCAUCGCAUACCUGAAGUCGGCCACGUCAUAAGAGGCUCAGAAGAAAAAACGAUUUCAUAUCGCUGUGGUUUUUAGUCUUUCAUUUGCUAAAAAAACAAAUGGUUCUAGCUAGGUUGAUUUUGAGUAAUGGGUCACUUUUUUGCCAUAACCUAAAUUAAUUUGUAAAGCUUAAAAGUGAUUUAUUGUCAAAAUGACCUAACACAAACCAAACUGUAUAUUUUUUGUGUGUGUGUGUGUGCGAGCAUCUGUACCUCAACAAUGGAUAACCUUAAUCACAUUAGAGAAGGGAGAGAGAGUUAACUAUCAUGUUUUGGACCUUUCAGAUGGUCUGCAUCCAUACGUCCAGUAGCUUGGGCUUCUAGAGCCAUCAGCCUUUUCACGAAAACAUAAUACUCACCAAGUCCUCUAAUAGGAAGAAAUAUGAUCUUUUAGUGUUGGAGAAAUGAAGGAUGUGGGAAUGUAGAAU